AUGAUUUCCGCCGAUAUGAUUCCAAUCACGGCAAGUUCAUCUUCGCCAUCUCAAUCCUUGACAUCUUCUUCUCCGGCGAAUCUUCACUAUGCCUUCCUCGUUCAUUCGCAGAAGACAUUGACACAAAACCUCCCGCCCCGCGUCGACAAUAAACUACUCGCGCGCCAGAAACGCCGACGUACAAGUCCUGAAGAUCAUGCCAUUCUUGAGGCCGAGUACAAGAAGAACCCGAAACCUGAUAAAGCUGCUCGAGCAAGCAUAGUUAGUCGGGUGUCUCUGGGCGAAAAAGAAGUUCAGAUUUGGUUCCAAAAUAGACGGCAGAACGAUCGUCGAAAAUCAAAGCCACUCGAGCCACACGAACUGGUAGGCCCGCGCGCUUCGGACGGGAUCUCAGACGACUCCCCGAGCAAUCAUGACAUAAGCUCUCCUCACGACGGCGAACAGGCAACCCCCGAACUGUCGGAAGGAAUUAUCUCAAGGAAUGACGACGCCCUCGCAGACCCACUCCAUAACAAUGAGCUGGAUGAUUUGGAAGCCGACACCCAACCCGGCUAUAUAAACCCCGAGACUUCCUUUUCAUCGAUUAACUCGGCGAACUUCGGGGAGGAAAUGGAACAGUCGAGGGAGAUAGUUGGCUUAGGCAUUCAAGUAAAUGGAAAGAAGCGACGACUUUCGGAGACGGAGGUCAAUCAGCGGAAGAAUGACAGACAAGAGAAGGUCAAAUCACCUCCGUCCCUUCGGAUAUCCCUGUCUUCCAAUGGGGAAGCUCUUCUCAGAAAGCAGGGAGAGUCCACUCCGUCGCCACCAAAGGCGCGCACGGCUGUGAGAAUUUCCUUAUCCUCAGAUGGGGAGGCUCUCAUCCGCACUCAGGACGAACCAUCUCCUUCGAAGAACCGCUUGCGACUUAUUCCCGGCCGGGUGUCACGUCAGACUGGUCUUCGCAGAAGUGUUAGCGCAAUCAAUUUUGGGUCACCUGGAGCUACCCCAUUGAUUCGAGAUGGAAACGGAAUGAAGCCAUUUGGCCGGUCUCGCGAUGCGCGAAUGUGGGAGUCCUAUUGUGAUAAUGACGCGCGAAGCGCUCUAUCGGCACCAAUCAGUUCUCAGCCCUCCAGCGGUGCGAGGACACCGGGUCUAUAUCGCUCUGGUAGCCAUCGGUCACUCGCUCGUCACUCCUUUUCCAAACCCAACCUAUCGUCCCCAGCAAUUGGCACGGCCAGUCAACUAGAUGUAGCCGAGCCGUCCAGAGAGAAGAGACGAAAACUCUCUCGCACUGUGUCAUCUCUCGGGCGACUAGAGUCCGUUCAUCAAACAAGCAUCGUGACCCAUACCUCGACCAGCAGCUUGAAAUCAACUAACAAGGCUGGUAAAGAAGGAGUCGAGCGCUUAGACUUAGAGGCGGGUGAUUCGGACAAAGAGAAUUGGGUUCCGGGGACAUACCGUCGAGCAAGCCCCCGCCGUCAUCAAAGAGCAAAGUCUCAUACCCAGCGUCCCGUUCUCAAAGAGAAUGGCAUUCGCAGAAAUACCGUAGUCGAUGAUCUUGCAUUGACCAAGCAGGGUCGAUUAUACCGUGGCCCCCGCGGCACCAAGGGCGCUUCGCAGACCACAGCCACACUGGACGCUGAAGUCGCCGCUUUCAUGACCAAGACUGGUUCCUCAAGCCGUGAAGAGGAUUUGGACUGUAUACAAGGCCUUUUGUCCUUGAGUCAGGGUGCAUGGCAAUGA